AUGGCAAAGAUGAAUCUCUCUUCCUACGUGUUAAUGCUGGCUCUUUCUUUGUUUUCUCAAGGUAUUUUGCUUUCAGCUUCCAAGUCCAUAAGGAAUUUAGAAGAUGACAUAGUAUUUAAUACAUUUAGGAUGGGAAAAGCCUUUCAGAAGGAAGAUACUGCGGAAAGAUCAGUUGUCGCUCCUUCUCUGGAGCAAUACAAAAAUGACGAGAGCGGUUUCAUGAACGAUGACGACAAGAACAUAAAGAACACAGGCUCCAAACAGAAUCUUGUAACUCACGGUCUGCCACUGAGUCUGGCUGUAAAACCUUACCUCGCUCUAAAAGGAUCAGUAGCCUUCCCAGCUGAGAAUGGAGUUCAGAAUACUGAGUCCACACAAGAAAAGAGAGAAAUUGGGGAUGAAGAAAACUCAGCUAAAUUUCCCAUAGGAAGGAGAGAUUUUGACAUGCUCAGGUGCAUGCUGGGAAGAGUCUACCGACCAUGUUGGCAAGUCUGA